UUCCUUCACCUAAAGAUAUGCUAUGAAGUGAACCGUGCAAGAUGGUAUUCCAAAUAGAUUUUAAUUAAUUCUUCUGGUAUAUAUGGCGCAGUUUGCUUAGUUAAGGCCACAGACUGUCCAAGCAACACAAUGUCUGCCAAAGCAAUUAUAUUAGCCGCAUUCCUGUGCGUCGCUCGAUGCAACCCGUUGGGUUUGGGCGGCACCACCGUCUGCGAGUCCAGCCCCAACUUCCUGGGCGGACUGGGCGGACUGGGCGGACUGGGCACGACAGUCUGUGAAUCUGGACCCAUCGGCCUGGGCGGCCUCGGCUAUCUGGGCGGUAUCGGUGGACUGGGCGGUUUAGGUGGCCUGGGGCUCGGAGGAAUUGGGCUUGGCGGGCUAGGCUCGGCCACUGUUUGCGAAUCCGUCCCAGCUUUUGGUUGGGGUGGACUUGGGUUGGGCGGUCUUGGCCUCGGUGGGAUCGGAGGAGUCGGCUUAGGCGGGCUAGGACAAACCACUGUCUGUGAAUCAAGCCCUAAUUUAGGACUCGGUUUGGGAGGCCUUGGGAUGGGCGUCGGUGGUCUAGGUAGCGCUACUGUGUGUGAAUCCAUACCUAACUACGGAUUGGGCGGUAUCGGUUUAGGAGGUUUGGGCGGUAUCGGUUUGGGCGGUCUUGGCCUAGCUGGGUUGGGCGGUAUUGGACUGGGCGGUCUCGGUACAACUGUCUGUGAAUCCGUACCUAAUGUUGGACUCGGAGGUUUAGGCUAUUUGGGCGGUAUCGGCGGCUUAGGUUUGGGCGGAUUAGGAUCAACAACCGUUUGCGAGUCCUCACCGAACCUAGGUUGGGGUAUUGGCGGAUUGGGGCUUGGCGGACUUGGCCCUAUCGGCGCUUUGGGCGGUUUAGGCGGAUUUGGGCUCGGAGGUAUAGGCUUAGGAGGAUUGGGUAGUGCUACCGUCUGUGAAACCAUUCCUAACUUGGGCUGGGGAGGUUUAGGUUACGGCGGUUUGGGCGGCCUAGGCGUGCCCUUGGGACUUGGCCUCGGAGGUAUAGGCGGUUACGGGGGCUUGGGCCUAGGUUUGGGCGGACUCGGCGGGAUUGCGGGCGGAACCACAGUCUGUGAAUCCAGCCCUAAUUUAGGUCUUGGCUUAGGUUUGGGCUACCCUGGCCUGGGAGUGGGGGUACUUGGACGUCCUUUUUUAUAGAUACCAACACCUCUUCGUCCCAUUAUACUAGCAACACGAUAAUUAAUGGGCCCUACCCCCUCGUGUCACGGGAUAGUACCGGCACUUACACUGACCGUUCUCUUAAAAUGGCUCUUUGAUUAUCAUUAGAAUUUAAGACGGGAUAUUUACCAUGUUUAUUCAUGUUUAUGAGUUUGUUUUAUGGGACAAGCCCGCCACAACCUCCCAUACCGCUGCAACUCCUGUGCACCAGGAUCUACAGUAGAUACAACCAUGAAAACACCGGAACACUGAAGUCCAACGUCCCAGUGACAUGAAUGACUGUCUUGGAUCCAAAUGUCUGUUUCCGAUAUUUCGACACUGUUGCAAACCAUGAUCACGGGUGUACUGGUAAAUACAUAUUAUGCCGUCAUAAGUUCUAAUGUUAGUGUUAGUGACCAUGUCAGUUUAUAUAAUUAUAUGGCUCUCCGAUUUUUAUUCAAAGCAUGAUAAAAAAAACUUCAGGUGUUUUGUUUUUUGCAGACUUAAUAUUGGUAAAAAAGUAUUUGAAAAAGAUUUUUUUUUUGGUUAUCCUAUAUUUUUUUUUUUUAUGUUUCUUGCUGUUGUUUUUUUUAAAUGAUCUCAUUAUAAUAAGUAAGUGGUUCUUUAAUUUUUAUUCUAAAAUUUUUUUUUGUUUGUGAAUAGUCUGUAUCGAAUAACAACGCCUGGAUUGAAAAAAUAACUUCUGUUACUAUGUAUUAUGUAUUAGUAUUGUGUCAAAUUCAAAAUUUUAAACAAAAUUAUUACAUAAUUAUGUAUUUGUUUUAUGUGUUAUAUAUGUAUCUUUUUGGCAAAAUAAAUAUUGUAUGUAUUUAAUGUUUUUGUU